GGCUGUGAAGGGGCUUGAGGAAAACAACCCUGGAACGAAAGAAGAGGGACACAAAAUCGUGAAGUUUUUUGCCAUCUUUGUCAGCUUUCCGCCACCGAAGUGGCUCAAAAAGGCUGCUGACAACCCCGGGAAGACAUCAUGGCGGAGACAUACGUUCUAAAUGUCGAUUUUAACGGGGAAUGCAACGUUUUUCACGUCUCCUACAACACCACUUGGGAGACCGUCGACAUGUUGCUGAAAGUGAAUUGCGGAGAGGAUAUUAAAGUGACCUACACCGACGAGGAAAAUGAUCAGGUGUGCAUUAACAGCCAAGCUGAGUUGGAGGAAGCUCUGAAGUGCACCCGUAAUGGGAACGAUGUUCUGUCCGUGCAAGUGGUGGAGUCUCCACGUACGCCGCCCGAAAACAGCAUCUGCCGUGACGACGGCUCGACAUCGGAAGUGUCGUCCGUUCCCGAGACGCCUCCGCCAGUCCCCGAGCUAGUCCUCGUGACAGACGAGCCAACCAAGCUGAGCGAAUUUCCCAAACCUAUCGAGGAGCAACCGCAGGCUGACAAGACUAGGAACAAGGGUAAAAGUGGGAACAGAACCCCGUACCAGCUGCUAUCGGGGCCGUCCCAGCCUUUACUGAUGGACACUGUGACACCAGACAUCACCGUGACGGACCACACCUACAGCAAGACCCCUGAGGAGCUGGAAAAACUGCCUGAUGUAGCCCUGCUUGGACAGGAUGUGCUGCCCUCUGUGUCCAGCCUCCCCCGCCAAUCCAAGUCAGACAUCCCCAGGUCCCGCGUCUGCAAGCGCAAAGCCAAGAGUUACUACGCCAGCCUGGCCGAGAGCAUGGGCGCCACACGGGCCGCCAAGAUGGCUGCCAUGAUCGGUCCACAGGUCGGUGAUACGUCGGACCAAGCAGAUGGGAGGAUGCAUGUGGCGCGCUGCCUGAUGCGCUCCCAGAGCCUGCCUGACACUGAGAAGCCGCCCAAGUGGUUUGUGGACUUCAUGAAGGAGUUCAAAGAGGAAACUGGGAAGGAGAUCACAAUGGAAGUUCUGAGGAGCAUCAAGGAGACCAACUCGUCCCCGGGGAGCAUCGAGGCCCCCUCAUCCCCUCCUCCUGUCCCAGGCACAGCUGUCCCAGUGCCUGUAAAUGUGCAAACAGAUGGCUCUGCUGCCUAUGUGCAUGCAGGAAUCAUCUGUGACCAGUGUGAACAGAUCAUUGUUGGCGUACGCUACAAGUGCGCGAACUGCAGUGAUUAUGACCUGUGUGAGGGUUGUGAGCAGACCCAUGAGCAUAAUCCCGCUCACGUGUUCCUGAAAAUGAGAACCCCGGCCUUCGGUGCAGGCCGCAAGAAUGGCAAGAUGGUGCCGCUACUCAAGAACUCUCUGUACGGGGAGGAAACAGAAAAGACCGCACAGAGUGACACCUCAGUGGCGAGCCCCAAGCCUGCAAGUGAAACCAGAGAGACAGCCGUCACAUCUCCGGCCAAACCCGUGCACGAGGCACGCGUGCGGGAGGAGUGCAAGAAGAUCAAGGAGAUGAAAGUCAAGGAGUUGAAGGAGGAGAGACGCAAGCUCAAGGAGGAGCGGCAGCGCCUUAAGGAGGAGCGUAAGAAGCUGAAGGAAGAACAGAAGAGGCGUCUGGAAGCAGGGUUACCCCUCAUGGCUUACAGGAAGUGGGGCCGGAGCAGCAGUGGCAGCAGUGAGGGAACGAGUGACCCUGUGUACCGCCCCCUGCCCCCUCCACCUCCUGUACAGGCACCCAAAAUCACAAGCCACAUGGACGCUGUGUUUGUCUGUGACGGCAACAUGGGAGACGGGACUCACGUCCAGCCUGGGACCAAAUUCACCAAGCACUGGGUCAUGCGCAACGAGGGGGCCGGCAACUGGACAUCCAACACUAAGCUGACCCUGAUGUGGGGAACCAUCACGGUUGUCUCCCCCAGCGAGGUGUCUGUGCCGUUCCUCCAGCCCCAGGAGGAGGGAACCAUCAGUGUGGAGUUCCAGGCACCCGACCAGCCCGGGGAGUACCAGUCCCACUGGAGACUCAUGCACCAUGGACUCACCUUUGGACAUCGCGUCUGGUGCUCCAUCGUAGUCGACCAACCUGAGAUCCUGGAGCCAGUACUAGAGGCUGCCAACAUGGUCCAGAACAUGAAGAUUACAUCAUCACCACCAGCCAAUCAGGAAACAGAGCAGGAAGAGUCCACUGCUAAAGCAGGGGAGUCUGAUAGCCAGAAGGCAGAGGAUGGGGACAAGUCUGAGGACCAAGACCAUGCAGACUUUGCUGAUGCAACCCAGGCUGCUAUAGCAGCAGUGGCUCGUCUGAAGACGCCCCCGUCUGACUGCAGUACUCUGAUCAGUGCUGUGGACAUCCUCACAGCUCAGGACCUGCUGUCAUUCGAGAUGUUAGAUGUCGGGGAGGGCAGAGAGGUGGACAAUGUACCCAACAACACUCCUAUUGACAUGACACCCAGAAUUUCCCCACUGCCUUGUAUUGAAGAGGACCUGCUCUUCAAGCAGAACAGUUCUGGCCAAUCACAGACCAGCGUGGUUGAAGUGAUCAACGAGGUGGUUGUGGAUGGAAAGGAGAGCGCGAGUGCUGCCGCUGCUGAGGUGGCACAGAUGGAGGAGGGGGUGCUGGUGGAAAAUAGAAUGGCCGUCGUGGAGGUCAAGAAAGAACCAAUAGAUGAGGAGACCAGCAGCCAAUCAUCAGACAGCACGGUGGACUCAGAGGACUACAUCGUGGUUCCGAUGCCUGACUGCUUCAACCCUGAGAUCCCGCUGGACAGCUCCUGUAGUCUGUCCUCUAACACUGACGUAGCCAUUCAAACCGACGGGCCACUGGAAACUGCUGACAACGUGGACUCAAGAUGCUCCACACCGGAGAUAGUACAAGAAAAUGGAACCAUCAGAAUCCAGGACAAGAACGAAUUCCAGCCCAUCCUUCGACCUUUACCAGCACCUGUCAAUCAAGCCCCAACAGCCAAUCAGAUCCAGGUUAUAGACCUGACAGGUGAUGAUGAUGAUGUCAUCCAGGUGAAGUCAGAGCCCUUGUCCAAUGACGAUGCUGCUUUCCUGACAGAAAUUCCAGAGCCAUCAGGAGUUGUUUCAUUGGUUGAGCCAGUAGCCAAUGAAAACACACCUGCCGAAGUGACGUCCAAUGAAAUGCCAGCUCUGGAAGAAGACAGCAGAUUGGUAGCUGAAGAACCCAAUGAGAUAGCUGAUGAUGAAGAUGACCUCCCAAUUGGAGCAGCAGCAAGUGACGAUCACUCAAAUGAAACACCAGACAGCACCCUGGAAGAUACAGUAGUGAAACACCCACCUGAGGAUGUUGCUACUGAUGCCACAGAGCAGAACUCCACCAAUGCUGACAACGAGCUGAACAACAACACCAACGCCAGACGUGCUUCGGACCGAGCCGGUGCACACGCCACCUUCCACGCAGACGGACCGAUCGUGGACGUCUUUCCCACACCUCGCGGGUUGUCUGCAGCUGAGUUUGGAGGUGCAGUUGUGAAUGGCGCCAUCAAUGUGGCCUCCAACAUUGUCACAGCCUUGUUUGGUAGCAGUGGUCGGCAGAAUCAGCCAUACAUCCCCCCUCAGCAGCAUGUCCCCCCUGAGCGGGACUACACCCCCCCUGCCCCCUCCUGGCCGCCCCCUCCCACCAGUGUCUCCCCCAUGGACCAGCUUUUCGAGAUGGGCUUCGGCAACCGGGAGUUGAACCAGCGACUUCUGGACAAACACGGCAACGACCUGAACCGAGUGGUGCCGGAACUUCUGGCCAUGAUGGACAACAACUGGCACGAACAGAGGCACUAGGGAGCAUCUCGUCAACAUCACUAACCUAAACGACAUCCGUACUGUAUAGGAAGCAUCUCAAAACUUCAAACAACUCGCAAAACAAUAUCUUAUACAUGUGUUACUAAGUUGGUAAGCAAUGUUGUAGCACUUCAGUGUAGGAAACAUCAUGAUUACGUUUACUGUUAUUUUCUCUGAUAUGUGCUCUGCUCAUUUUGAACUUGGCCUGUGUACAUGUAAGUAUGGCGUGACAAAUACUGUAUUAUGAUUGGGUGGGCUAAAAAUGGUGAUCAUUCAAAAGUACCCAACAAGCUACAUGUUUUGAUAGAGGUAUGCAUUUAUUACAGAAAAUAUGCUAAGUUCACAUAUUAUGAAAAAUAUGGUAUCUUCACAUAUUGGGUGGUAAAGAUUUCUAGAUCUGCCACGCGGUUGUGCAUUGGUUGGUAAAGUUAAAAGCUGGUUGCAGGUUAUUAGAGAUGGUGCCAUUCCUUGUACUGGAAUGUAUGUACAUGUACAUUGUAAAACAGAAGUGCUCAGCGAUCGUCCUGUAUAGUUAUAGAAAAUAUAGAUAAUAUUAUAUAAAGUACAGUUCAAUUUACUGGUUAUCUGAUAAAAGUAAUUCUGGUGAUAUAGUAUGUAAUAAGCAAGUUAUGAAUGACCAAAACAUGACUGAGUUAUGAUCUGAUUAUGAAUGAAUAAGAAUGAAAAAUUCCGUAGAUUCAUUUGUAUUCUUCUAUUUUACAGUCAUGUACUGUAUGCUAUUUCUGUCUUAACCACUCAUAAGGUUUCUUAACAAGUUAUACUAUCAGUUAUGGAAUGGUGGAAAGAAUGCUAAAGUUUUAAAGUUUACUUUAUGUUUGGCUUUUUCUUGAUUAGUUCAUGGCUCAUCAUUGAAAUAUACAAAUUAGCUGUUAAAAGAAUUUAGGAAUCACCCCAUGGAUAAUUAUCCAGUGAUAUGGAUAUGAUGAUAAAAGUAUAUACAUUUGUAUUAUGUAUUGCCAGUUGGAGGAGAACUAACAUUCAGUACCCUAACAAGAAAAGAAGUUGCUUACAAUGUAGGAAUUUUCAUUGUAUAGUCUCUAUCAUACAUACAAGGUUUGGCAAGAAAUCUGCAAGCUAUAGAACUAGAAGUGGUUUUCCAAUGAUUGUACCAAGGCUGUCUAAUUAAGCAUCACACCAUUGAUAUAACUGCAAAAGUUAUGUUUCUGUAUGCUUCGGUUUUUAAGGUUAAAACUUUAUGCUUCUGACAAGUAUAACCUACAAUGUGAUACAAGAAAGAGAAGAAAUGUUUAAGAAUCUAGAGUCAAUUCCAGCAAAGAUCAUGUAACACCUUGUACAUUAUGAUUACACAAAGAAAAAAGGC